AUGGACGACGUAUUUGAUUCUACAAUUGAUGAUAAGUGUGCAGAAAUGGAAUUAGCUAAUCAGGAAUGGGCAAAGAAGAUGCAUGAUAUCACGAUUACUGGGGAACGCGAAGCGUUGUCCGAUGCUUUUGAAACCCGUUUAGCUGAAGUGUUCGAUAAUGGAUUGAAUACUGGAUUCGAGGUUACGAAGGAUUUCGGGAUACUGGAAGGUCGUCUCCUCUUUCUUAAAUCCAAAUGCUCCAGGGAUGAUUCAAUUGAAAAACUCUUGUCUAACUUGCGGUCUGUUGUAGCUGAUGUGAUUCGAGAAUUGGCCUUUAACAAACAAUAUUUCAAUUCACUUGGCCGACAAAACCUUCCUCCUGAUAUCAUCGCAAGGGCGAAUGCUGUAAAAGAUGAAGUGAUAGCUUUCAUAAGGUCCCACAAGUAA